GAGGCAGGUAGAUAUAACCAGAAUACGAAAGUUUCAAAGAGUAAAAUCUGUGGAUUCAGCACCAAGGCAACAAUUUCAAGGGGUAUCAAAUGUGAAUGUAAGUACUGAGACAGAACAGAAUGGUGAGAUAUCUGUAAUAUCACCAGAGAAGCAAUGUGUGAAUUCUGAGCAAUUUAAGAGAGGGUCUAAGUCAGAAGAUGGGGUGUCUUUGGAGUUAAAUCCAGAGCUAAACUUUAAAGAUGGAAAAUUAGUAGACCUCAACUUUGAGUUACAGUCGAAAGAAAUGAAAUCAUUUGAAUUGACCCCAGAAUCAAAUAUUCAAGAUGUAAACUCUAAAGAGUUUAAACUUGAACCACAGUUGCACCAAGUGAAACCUUUGGUGUUAACUUCAGAACUACAGCUUCAAGGGGUGAAAACUGUUGAUUUAAAACAGGAGUCACAGCCUGGAUGUCUGAGAUGUAUUCAAUGGAUACCAGGACCUGAGUUCCAAAAUGUGAAAUCUAUAGGGUUAAAUCUUGGGUCUCAACCUCAAAAAGUCAAAUCUGUAGAGUUGAAAUCUUUUAUACAGUCAAGAGAUGCAAAAUCAUCUGAAUUGACUCUAGGGCCAAAAACUCAAGGUGCAAUGUAUAUGGAGAGCAACUGUGAGCCACAUUUGCAGAAUGUGAAAACCCUGGAGUUGCCCUCAGGAUCACAACUGCAAAAAGGGAAAAUUUUGGCAUCAUCAUCAGAGCCACAGCAUCAAGGUAUGAAAAGUGUAGAGCUAAACCAAGAACCACAGCUUAGAAGUACAAAAUCUGUUGAGUGGAUACCUGCACUAGAGUUUAAAGGUAUAAAAUCCCUGGUAAAUCUUGAGUUACAAUCUCAAUGUGUCAAACCAGUAGAGUGGAAAACUUUGAUACAGUCAAGGGAUAGGAAGUCAUCAUCUACAUUGACUUCAAAACCAGAGCUUCAAGCGGCAUCAUGCCAGAAACAUCGGCCUCAGGGUUCUGAUUUGAAACCUUGUUUACAGCUUCAGGAAGUGAAACCAUUAUGGUCAUCCCCAGGAACACAGCUUCAAGGUGUAAAGUGUCUUGAACCACAGCUUCUGGAGGUGAAAUGUAGGGUAUUAAACCAAGGGUCACAAAGUGAUAAAACUGUAGAGUCCACCUCUCUACUACACUUGAAAAGUGUAAAGUCAUCUGAGGUGGCUCUUCAAACAAAGCUUCAAUGUGUGAAAUCUGAGGAUUUCAACACUGGGUCACAGUGGCAAAGUCUAAAAUCUAAGUUUCCGCCCAAGAUAAAGUCCCAAGAUAUGAAAUCUACAGAAUUAAAUCCUAGCUCACAGUUGCAAGGUACAACUUUUCCUAAAUCAACUAUAGGGACAAAGAUUCAAGGUGUCAAAUCUACAGAUUUCAAACCUGGGUCAUUGUUACAAGAUAUGAAAUCUUCUCAAGGGAUCUCAAAGACAAAUCUUCAGGAUGUAAAACAUAAAAAAUUAAUCCCUGGCCCCCAGAUGCAAGUUGUGAAAUCUAAGCAAAUACUGGGGACAAAGCUUGAAAAAGCCCUCUCAGGAGAAUUCACAGGCCCACAGUUGCAGGAUAUAGACUCUUCUAGGUUGCUCAUGGAUAUAAAACUUAAAGAUGUAAAAUGUAUGAAUUUAAGGUCUGGACUACACUUGGGUAAUAUGAAAUCUUCUGAAGUGGUAAAAAAAAAGCUUCAAGAUAUGAAAUCUGUAGAAUUGCAACCUAGCCCAAAGUUACAAGGUGAGAAAUCUGACUUGACCCUGGGGGGGAAGUGUCCAGGUACAAAAUUUGUAGAGUUGGACUCAGAUCCACAGUUACAACAUAUAAAAUGCUCUGACUUGGUCAUGGGUAUAAAGCUUCAAGAUAUGAAAUCUUUGGGGUCCAAUUCUAGACCACAGUUUCAAGGUACAAAAUCUUCUGAAGUGAUCCCAGGGACAAAGCCUCUAGAAAUGAAAUCUUUUUUUAACUCUGCAUCACAGAUACAAAGUAAAAAAUCUGAGUCAAUUCAAGGGACAAAGCAUCUAGAUGUGAACACCUUAAGGGUCAACCAUGGUCCAAAGUUACAGGGUGGAAACCCAUCUGAUUUAACCCAGAGGAAGAAGCUUCAAGGGGUGAAACCUUUGAAGUUCAACCCUGGACCACAGGGACAAGGUGAGAAAUCUGAUUUGACACUAGAGUGGAGGCUUCAAGAUUUGAAAUCUGUUGAGUUAAAACUUGUUCCACAGUCACAAGUUGUGACAUCUGAGUUAACACCAGAGACAAAGCUGCAAAGUGAAAAAUAUGUGGAGUUCACCACUAGACCAAUGUGGCAAGAUAUGAAAUCUAAAUCGACUCCAGGUACAAAAGUACAAGAUGUUAAAUCUUUGGGGUUCAACUCAGCCCCACACAAUAGGAUAUUGUCUAUGUUGACACGAGGCACACACCUUCAAGGUAUGAAAUCUAUGGAAUUCAGCUCUGGAGCAAAGUUACAAGGUACAGAAUCCUCUGAGUCGAUAAACCUUCAAAUAAUGAACUCUACAGAGGUCAAUGAUGGCCCAAAAUUUCAGGUUGCAAAACCCCCUGACUUGGCCUUGGAAUCAGAGGUUCACAGUGUGAUAUCUCCUGAGUUCAAUGCUGGAAAGCAGUGGCAAGAUGAGAAAUCUUACAAGUUAAAUCCAUGGCCAGAGCUUCAAAGUGUCAAAUUUAUAGUGUCCAACCCUGAGCCAUAUUUUCAGGGUGUGAACUCUUCUGAAUUAACUUCAGUUUCAAAACAUCAAGGUAUGAAGUCUUCUGAAUUGAAUCCAGAGAUUCAAAGUGAGACAUCUAUGGUGUUCAACCCUGGACCACAUUGGCAAGGUUUGAAAUCUAAAUUGAUUACUGGGUCAAAGUUCCUAGACAUAGCACCUUUGGAAUGCAACCCUAGGCUCCAGAUGCAGUGUGAAAAUUCUUGUGAGUUGAAUACAGGGACAAAAUUACAAUGUGUAAAUUCUACUAGAUGUAACUGUGGGCCACCCUUGCAAGGUGUAAAAUCUUUUGAAUUGACUUCAGAUAUAAUGACAACAGAGUUCAACUCUGGCCCAAAGCUGCAAGGUGUGAAUUCUUCUAAAUUGAAAUCAGGGUCAGAACUUCAAUGCAUGAAUUCUAUAAAGUUUAAUUCAGGGCCACAGAUACAAGGCAUGAAGCCUUCUGAAUUGAACGCUGGGCCAGAAUCUCAGGGCACAAAGUCUAUUUUAUUUAAUCCUGGAUCGCAUUUGCAAGGUGUAAAAUCUUCUAAAUUAACUCCAGGGAUAAAGUUUCCAGAAGACCAAGUUUUGCAGAACCACCUGGGGUCACAGCAACAAGCUGGACACUCUGUUUUGGAUCCUCAGUUAAAUGGUCCAAAAUCUGUGUUAUAUGAAUCAGAGCCACUGUUUAAAGAUACAAAGUCUGUGAAGAUGAACAAAGAGCCAUUGCUUUGUGGUGCAAAUUCUGUGAACUUGAUUUCAGGCUCUGAGAUGCAGGACUUAAAAUGUGAGGUGUUUGCACUAGAAUCAUGUUUUCAAAAAGUGAAAUCUGUGGAGUUAAAUCCACAGUCAAAUACUGAAGUGAAAUCUGCAGAACUAACCUCACAGCCAACAUCUUCAUUUGAGGAUCCUACAGUGCUGACUCAUGAACAAGGGCAUCAGGCUGUGAAAUCUAUGGGGAUAAAAAUAAGGCCUCCUCAAGUUAUAGAAUCUGAGGAUUUGAAUUUAAGACAGGUAUAUCAGAAGGGGGACUCUGAGGGGUUAACAUCAGGAGAAGAGUUACAAAUAAGAAAUUAUCUCUCUAGGCUUCUACACAACUCUUCAAACUCAGUCAUCUCAAGUUCUGCCAAAACAACAUCUGAAUUAGGUCUUUGGGAUUCUGAGAUGACAGAAGUAUCAAGAGCGUUGGAUAUAAAAAACCUUUGGACAGAUACUUUGCAGCCUAAAAAGUCCUUUAUAGAUCCUGCUUCAACUUUUCCCUUUUUCUUUCAUAACCAACUCUCUGAGAAGACAACUAACACUGUAGAAACCUCCCAUUCUGAGAUCCCAUGGGUGUAUAACGUAUUUCAGGAAAGGAUUCAACCGAGGCAGGUAGCAGAGUUAGAGAACUCACUCCAGGGUCUCUCCCAACAUCCACCACAAAGCUGGAGAUCAUCAUCUAAGACAUUCCAGGCAGGAUCAGGGGCUCGAAGAGGAUUAACCUGGUCUGUCCUUCGAAGACAACAGAAUGUCUGGGAGAGUCACUCCUGGAAGCAGAGACUACCUAGAAAGUAUCUCUCCAAUAUGCUAAUGUUGGGGAAUGUCUUGGGAACCACUAUGGGAAGGAAGCUUUGUUCUCAAACAUCUGUAACAGAAAGGUCUACUGCUGAUACCUGUCAGUCUAUUCAGAAUUUAUUUGGGGUUCCUGCUGCAUUGAUGGAAUUUUCCCAGAGUCUGCUAGAGACAGGUCGAGGCACUAUUUUUCAGGCUUCAAUGGCCAAAAACUACAUUCAGAGACAUACUUCAUGCCAUGGUCAUGAGAAAAGAAUGGCCUUAAGGGUAUGGACACGUGGUUCUAUGUCCUCCAUAAUACAGCAAUACUCUGGCACUAGAGUGAGAAUAAAGAAAACAAACUCAAAGCUCAAUGAUAUACCCCAGGAAGUCAUUCAGCACAGUCCUGUUUCAUAUACAGAGGGUCAGCUUCCUGACCCAGUAGAGUCAGAGUCUUCCUUCAAUAUAUUUUUCACUGUGAAAGAUCCUGUUCCAGUGGAAGAGAGUGAGAACUCACAGAGAGAUUCACAGACAAGGAUUUUUGAGUCCCAACACCCACUGGAGCCAAGUUUUCUUUCCCAGGCCCAGGCUGACCUCUCAGAACAGUUCCAAUUACUAAAAGAUCUGCAGCUAAAAAUAGCAGCAAAACUGUUAAGGAGUCAAGUACCUCACAAUGUACCUCCACCUCUCACUUCAGGUCUGGUCCUAAAAUACCCUAUCUGCCUACAGUGUGGCCGAUGUGCAGGAUUUAAUUGUCAUAAAUUACAGACUACUCUUGGACCUUAUCUUCUUAUCUAUCCACAGCUCCACCUCGUAAGCACUCCUGAAGGCCAUGGAGAGAUCAGAUUGCGUCUUGGCUUUAGGUUACGAAUUGGAAAAAGAUCCCAAGUUCCAAAGUAUUAUAGAAGAGACAGACCCUUGACACCUAGAAGCCCUAGAUCAGCAGCUAAAAUCUGUAAUCAAGCUUCCAGGAGUCCUGCUUCUACCAUAGAUUUCCUGUCUCAGUCUUCCCAGUCUCCUGCUUCUGUACAAGUCCACAUUAUCCCUGACUUAGAAGGACAGACAGAUAUUAGAGAGCCUGGGCACUAUGAAUUCACUGAAGUUCACUCGUUAUCAGAGAGUGACUCUGAAAGCAAUCAGGAUGAAGAGUGGACUAAAGUGAGCAGCAAAAAUACCCAUGAUUCAAAAAAUCCAAUGGAAAGAAUCAACAAGAGAUUUAGAACACAAAACAAAAAGUCCUGCACAAACAGUAGGACCAUAAUGCAGAGUCUCUCUAGGAGAUUACCAUCCCAGUUGAAAGGGAAAAGGAAUGGAGCCUCUCAGGCAGCUACUGCCUCUUUAAAAAGGCACCCCAAGAAACCCUCCCAACCCAAAUUCAUUAAACUACUUUUUCAGGGACUAAGAAAGGCAUUCCAAACCGCACGCAGAAUUAUGGCAUUUGUUGGGCCAAAGCCUGAGGACGGGACAAGGGCAGACCAUUUGUGGUCGAGCAAAAACUGCCAACCAGAACAAAAAGCCUCUGACUAUAGUUCACAAGGAGAUAGCGAAAGAGACAGGAUGCCAGUUGUCAAGCUAAAGCCAACAGACCUAACCACUGAACAGGAGAGCAUGCCCUGGGAAGAAUUAGAACAGUUCUGCUCAGCACAACCACCAAAAACAGAUAGCUCUUUCCAAUCCACACCUUCCCCACUGCCCAGGUGCAGAGUUUUCCAAAGAAGUAUCACCACAAUCAGACACCCUUUGGGUACUGUUCAGAAUGAGAGUGGCAGCAGACCUAAGGAAAACUGGUACGGAAAAGAAAUCUCUAGCUCAGAGUCCAAAAGAGGAAUCCCAGUUCAGGCCCAAGGGAGACUCCUACAUGGAACCCCUAAGAAGAGAACCUCCUACAGUGACUUUAAAGAGAUACUCAUUCCUAGAAAGCCAAACCACCGCAGCUUCCAUAGGGCAAGAGCCCCAUGUGAUUUCUUUGACAGGAGCCAUAGUAGUCCCUCUCCGAGGAGACAUCGCAAUCGCUCUGGGAGAAGCCAUCGCAGUCUGUCUCGGAGGAGACAUCUCAGUCCACCUCGGAGAAGCCAUCACAGUCCCUCUGGGAGGAGCCAUCUCAGUCCAUCUCAGAGGAGACAUCGCAGUCCCUCUGGGAGGAGCCAUCUCAGUCCACCUCAGAGGAGACAUCGCAGUCCCUCUGGGAGGAGCCAUCUCAGUCCACCUCGGAGAAGCCAUCACAGUCCAUCUCAGAGGAGACAUCGCAGUCCCUCUGGGAGGAGCCAUCGCAGUUCACCUGGCAGGAGUCAUCAAAGUUCUUUUCAGAUGAGCCAUCCGAGCUCCUUUGAGCGGAGAUGCCGCAGUCCCUCUGAGCGGAGAUGCCGCAGACUCUCUGCGAGGAGAAACCACAGCCCCUUUGAGAGGAGAGGACAUAGUCACGCUGAGAGGGGCAGACACAGUCCAUCUGAGAAAACCCAUGGGAGGCCCUCGGAGAGAACUCACAGGCGCCCCAAGGAGAGACUCAGACACAGCUCGCGUUGGGAGAGGCCCAGACAUACUUUUUCUAAAGAUUUCAUGAGAUACUCAAAUAUCUCCUAGGGAUCACACACAAAAAAGCCCCCGCAAGCAGGGCAAGUUUGGAGCCCUGAAGGGAGCAGAUGAGAUGUCCGCCCCCAUUAUUCAUUUAUCCCCUCAAGUCUUCACCAAGCUCGCCUUUCCGGGCUUCUUUCCUGCUCAGCCAACGGACCCCAAUUCUUGCAUCCUCAGCAAUGAACGAGCCUAUGCCUCUCUACCCGGGGGCUGGGCCGGCGGGAAUGGGUCUGCCAUUUCCGAUAAAUAAAGGGGCAAUAAUUAACCUCCUGUGCAUCUAGAAAGACCACUCGUCGUGCUGGGAAUGGAGGGUGGAC